UAGCAUUAGAUGACGCCAUAGAUAAUAUGUUGACGAUGUACGACAACCACAACGCUAUUAAAACUGAGAGAGUUACAACUUACAAUUCUGUUUCCGGCGGAGCGGUUCCGGCGGAAUUCUAUUUGAGUCAAGAGUUCUAUUGUGGGAAAAACGUGUACCUCUUUGUCUCGGAGUUGUACAGCGACAUCUAUAACAUGGGUCGUGGUUUUGCGCCGUAUUGCAAGAGUCGCGCCUUCCACUUUCUCGGCUUCAUUCAUUUCAUGGACGACAAGCAUUAUUACCUCGAGGAAGACCCUACAGUCGUGUUUCAGAUGGACAAUUACAUACACGGACUAGAGUGCCAUCUCGGCAUAUGUAUUUUCAGGUUUCCGUUCAAGAAAGGCCUUCAACACGUCCGUGAUAUCUCUACACUUCCCAAAGCAAUAGUGAAAUGCGGUACAGAAACUUACAAACUACCUCCGCUGACUGCAGCGUCUUGUAUCAUAACGUCGGGCUCUUUCAUACUGGACUUUAACAUUCAAGGAAUACGGUUCAGGCAUUAUGAUUAUUUAUUGUCACUCCCCAACGGUCACACUUAUUACACAAAAGAAAAAUCAUCACCAUUGCAAUGUGAUCACCACGUAUGCGAAUGGAACAACACCAACUUCUACGGAGGUCCAUUCAUUAUACCCGGCGAUCCUGGGAGGGGUCUGUCUCCUAUACCUCCUUUCAUUGAACAAACAACCGAAGCGUUCCGAGUGACAACGGACCCGAACACCGACUUCAACCCCAAUAUCACUUAUUCUCUCGAUGGUUGCUGGUUCAUGUUCCCGCCAAACUAUGGAUCGAUAGCCGGCGUCAGCUACUUGGAUCCGUUAACUGUCAAUGAAUACAGAUUUAGCUGCCAAGGUGCAGCGAAUAAGGGCCUAUACUGGUAUCCACAAUGGAUGGGCGUUCCACCCCACCACCCGUACCCGCAGUCCGGUGAUGUACCGGAUCUGAAACAAGGGGCGCCGCCAAUCUUCUACCCCCACCAGCAAGGUCCACAGCCCGGUCCAAUAAAACCUUUAGGCUCGUAACAAAUAAAACAAUAAUCUAUCUACUAUGGUUUC